GCUCCGCAACAUGCAUUUAAUGGCACAUAGGUAAUAAAGGAGUCGAUGAUGGCAAUCCAGUGGCUGUUUUGUUGUCUCCCGUUCGUUCCUUGUAGGUUUACCAGAUAGAUUGUCGUACCUGGUGCUCUUGGAAAUAGUCCUCUAAAUUGCUUCUUUCACUCAAGAAGUUCCCUGCCAUAUUGCUUCUCCUCGGUCCUGACACCACUAUCGAGGACGGUGUUCAAGUCUUCAUAGCAGGGUUGUCGCACUUUACCUCAGGCAGCUGACAUAUCGUGAACAUUUCAAUAUUUUCAACAUGCCUUUGUCGAUUUAGAGGCCAUGGUUGUUGUAGGAAAUGUCGAGCCGCAUCGAGGGCGGCACACAGGCCUGGUGCUACGCGCCGAAUCACUGGCAAGCUGUCACAGAAUCGCAAGGAAACUCAUGUGCCCUUUAGUUAGUUGUUUGGUAUUCCAGGGGAAAGCAUUGCCCGUCAAGGCCACCCACAAACGCUUGGCAAAGCGAGGAGAAGAUCAAAACCCUGCGUGAUACCUAAAGGCUGGUGAUAUCCCCCCUCGACUGCAAGGGCAUGGCUCCCCAGCAAAUAUGGCUCAUCACUGGCGCUGCUUCUGGCUUUGGACGCGCCGUCACAGAACUUGUCCUCCACAAGGGCGACGUCGUCAUUGCUACUGAUCGCAGCCCGGAAGGUCUAAAUGAUCUCACCGCGAAGUAUCCCUCGAGCCAUCUGCUGGUCCUGAACCUCGACGUUACCAAACACGACCAGAUCUCGCAUGUCUUCGCAAGGGUCAAAAAGGAUUUUGGAAGACUUGACGUAGUCUAUAACAACGCUGGAUACCUGAUUGUCGGAGAAGUCGAGGGAACGUCACCCGAUAUCGCUCAUGCAUUAUUUGAGACGAAUUUCUGGGGUGUCGGUGGAAGGCUCUUGAAUGUCAAUUCCAUGUCUGGCAUCCAAGGCUGGGCUGGCGUUGGAUAUUACAGUGCCUCUAAACAUGCUAUCGAGGGCCUAUCAGAGUCUUUGGCUCAAGAACUAGAUCCUGAAUGGAACAUCAAGAUCACCAUCAUCGAACCUGGAGCAUUUAGGACUAGUCUUUCUAGUACAGGUCUGGUGAAGACCCCGGUCCAUUCAGCUUAUGCCAAAGCUAGCCUUGCUUCUGCCCAAUUUCGCGCAUUCGUCAAUCAGAUGGUGCAUCAAGGUGCUGAUCCCGCUAAGGCAGCAGAGAAACUCUACCAUUUGGCUCACCUCCCAGAGCCUCCUUUGAGGCUUCCUCUGGGGAAGGAUGCGGUCAGCACUGUUGAAGGACGUAUUGAACAUUUGAAGGAGAUCGUGGCGAAGUAUGGGUCUUGGUCACACGAUCUUGAAUUUGAUUUGUAGAUCGCUCGCCCCGACCGUACAGUUCAAUGGCUAGUUGUAUCUUCCGUUCCCCGGUCACUUUAGCUUCAUGAUAUUUGUUCGACCGCAAGCUUUAGUUCUCAACGGAAGUGAACAGAACGAUUGCUUACGAACUGAGUACAAAUCGCUGUACAUCCUAUAUGU